AUGUACACCCAAAACCAAAGCACUGUCACGGAGUUCAUUCUUCUUGGCCUCUCAUCGGAUCCUUUCAUACAAAUCCUGCUGUUCCAUAUUUUCCUGGUAGCUUACAUACAUCACAUACUGACUGGGAAUUUCCUUCUCAUUCUGGCUGUGAAGACUGACAAACGUUUGCACACCUCCAUGUACAUCUUCCUGUCUAGUCUCUCUUUAUUGGACAUCUGGUACACUUCCGCCAUUGUGCCCAAAAUGUUAGUAAAUUUUCUUUCAACUAAAAAGAGUAUUUCAUUCACUGGCUGUGCUUUCCAGUUCUGUGUUUCCCUGACCUUGGGAGAAACUGAGUGUCUGCUUCUGGCAUUCAUGGCCUAUGACCGAUAUGUGGCUAUCUGCAUCCCUCUGCAUUACAAUAUGAUCAUGAACACAACGGUCUCUUUUCGUAUUGUCAGCAUAUCAUGGGUGACUGGUGGUGUCCUUUCAUCUAUUGGCACAUAUAUUACAUUCAGCUUAGUCUUCUGCGGCCCUAACACCAUCAACCACUUUUUCUGUGAGCUCCCUCUGUUGCUUCGGCUCUCUUGCAGUGACAUCUCAGUAAUGACAUCAUAA